AUGUAAAAUAACAUAUUUGAACCAGCCACAACGGAUCUCAACACAAUCCAGAAAUUUCAAUUGCACUCCAAAUUUCUAUCAAAAAAUAAUGUUCCUGUAGAAAUCAUGUGCUAUCAAAAUCUAUUAUUUAAAAAGGUAGUUCUAGAUAUUAUCUCUAGUCUCAAAAAUCAUUUAAAAUGACAAAACUUAAUAGCACCUUGAGAUAUUAAAUCAAACAUGAAUCCACUUCCAUUAUUUUAAGAUUAGAAAAAGAUGAUUGCUAAUUCAAAGAAUAUUUAUUUCUAGAUAAGUCUGAACCUUGGGAAUUAAAAUUAAAAUCCUCUCUUCCCUAAUUGGAUUACUAAACCUAUUAUGAACUUGAGAAAUUGAUAGGAAGUGGAAGUUUUGCUUCUGUUUACAUAGCUAAACGAAAGGCUGAUGGUGUUAAAUUAGCUAUCAAAGCCUUCCUUAAGAAAAUGCUAAUACAAAAAGACCCUGAUAAAUGGAGAGUAUUUCAUUCUAAUAUAUAACUUAAUAGGAAACCAUAGACAAUGAAAUAAGGGUCAUGAAAUCCUUAGAUCACACCAGUAUAUUAAAAUGCUACGAUCACUUUGAAAACAGAGCCCAAUGCUACAUUGUAAUGGAUUUGGCCAGAGGUGGAACUCUGGAACAAGGAUUAAAGAAAUUGGAAGAGCCUUUGCCUUUCCUGACUGCCAAAGUGAUAUUCCGAUAAAUUGUUGAAGCAAUCAAACAUAUGCAUGAACGAGGAUACAUGCAUCGAGAUCUAAAGCCAAGCAAUAUACUUCUUAAGAGACCCAUGGCAUUGAAGUAAUUCUCAUUGAUUGCACAAACCGAUCCUAAUAUUGUAGUAAGCGACUUUGGAGUAAGUUCAGAAAUUAAGAAAGAUAUGGAUAUUGGAAAAUACUGCGGAUCUCCUGGUUUCAUGGCGCCUGAAGUGAUUCUCUGUGAAAAUAAUAAAAAUUUAACUUAUGAUGAGAAAUGUGAUAUCUUUAGUUUGGGAUGCAUUUUCUAUAGAUUGUAACGCAUAUCCCUAAUUUAGAAUAACAAAUAAACCAUUAUUUAAUGGAUAGAAUUCAUUGGCCAUGAAAUAGUAGAAUAAAGAAUGCAAUCUAGAUUGGACUAAAAUCCACGAAGAACUAUAUUUGAAUCAAGCUUUGACUAAUUUAUUAAGCAAAAUGUUAUCCCUAGAUCCCGGAAAGAGACCAUCAUGUGAAGACAUAUUAAAUAGCAAGAUCUUAUAAGUCUAGUUGGAUAAUGAAGGCUGUCCAUUAUUCAUCAAUUACAAGAAACCUAAGUCUUCCUCGAUACAGUAGAUAAAGACUGCUAGACCAUCAAUUAAAUCAAAUAGCAAUUCUAAAUUACCAUAGUUAUCACCUAAUCAUUUUACAUUUAAUAAUCAUAACAAUAAUCAUACUAACAAAAGAUCAGGCAAUUUUUUAUUACCACCUAUUAAUAGUAGAUUAUAGACUGAAUAAAGCUAAUAUUGA